AGCGACACUGCCCUCCUCGUACCCAUUUUUUAUCCCGCCGCAGCUCCACUUCCACCCAUAGAAAGUGAACUAUUUUCUUAUUCGCAGUUGUUCUGUAGUUCCCCUGAGUGUCUUUUGAUCAUGAGCUCUAGAGGAUCGUUGUCGUUCCUUGUUUCCCCGCCCCCGCGCAGCCGAAGUAGACCCCCCUGUAAUAUUUUCCCGUUGUGCUCCUGUGAGUUUGAGUAUGAUUCUGAUUUUCUCUUUGAGGACCUGAUGGUGCCACCCGUUCUCGGAGACGAAACUCGUUUUCCGGGCAGAUCGAGUGGCUUGUUUUUGAUGCUUAAAACGUAAACUUGUGACUUCUUGGAAGACCACUUCCAGCACCGCCUAUCGCCCACUUUGACACGAUGUCCAGCACGAAGGAUUUGUACGCUGUGAUGGGGCUUCCGCCGCUCUGCGGGGACGAGACCGUGAUCCGCAAGGCGUACACGACUCUUUCCAAGGAGCGGCACCCGGACAAGCCUGGGGGCAGCAAGGAGCUGUUUCAGCAGCUGAAAGAUGCGUACGACACGCUCGUGGACGCGGACAAGAAAGCACUUUACGACAGCAUGUACGCACGACGGGUGAAACAGUCCGGGCGAGGUGCUGGCCACCAGAAACAGCACGCCGCGACCUCCUCGACGGCAGGUGGGGCCAGCACUAGAAGCAAGAAGACGCCGCGGGAGGAUCGCCAUCCGAGUACUAACCAGGGCCGCAUGCCGCAGGGGCCACGGGCAGCUGCACAAAGCAGUGCGUAUUUUUCAGCGACACGCAACAGUUCCGCUUCCCCGAGGGACCCUUCUUCCGGCACGGCGCGGUUCCGGUCCCGGGCGGAAUUCCGGGCGUUUUACGAAAGCAAGCGCGGGGGCGAGAAUGCGGGCGCGGCAAGACCACCAUCUGACGUGCCGCCGCCCACGGCCGGAAGAAAUGCUUACGAGGAGUUCUACGAGCAGCGCGAGAAACGGUGGGACGAACAGGAAAAUGCCGCACGGGAGCGGCGGAAGAAAAAAGCCGGUGCGUUCUUCGACGAGGAAACGGAAAAGGCAAAACAAGAGAAAAGGUACUACUUCCACAAGAGCAACGAAGGGGAGCAGAAGCGCGGAAGAAAUGAUAAACGGGGGCCGGGGGAUCAUGUUAGCGACUUGUCCUCGUCGGGAGACGAGGUGGGGAGGAACGUUCCGGGUUUUUUUCACAGUACGGAUGCUAGGCAAGAGCAGGAAUUCAACGACGACGUCGAGGAUGAAUUUCUCCCGGCCGCGUACUUCAGCAGGAAACGCCGCAGGGAGGAGAGAGAAAGGCGACACGACAAGAAGCACAAUCCCGGAACUAGAAGUAGACGCGGCCACCACGAAGAUGAAGUAGAGUUGAGUAGUGAUUCCGAGGACUUUGAGUCGCAUCGCCGAGAGGUUUUUGCAGACCACCAAACGAAAUCCGCACAGUUCAGCUUUCGCUUUGCGGGAAAACGCGUGGAUAACUACGAGGAUUUAGGUACCUACGGCGAGGUAUCUUCUUCGAGCGAGGACAACAAGAAGGCGGACCACGACCACCGAGGUCGUCGUGGCAUGGAUGUUGAUGAAGAGUUCGCCAGCGAACAAGACCAGCAAGGACAAGAAGAAGCAAAUGUCUUCGGCGAACCGAACAACAAGAAAAGUCGGAAUAGAGACGCGCAGCCGGCGCGAAAGAGAACACACGCGAGUGAUUUUGGAGCCGGUAUGGGAGAGAGAUGGCCUCCUGCAAACAGUGAUGUGCCUGCAGAUGAGCACGCGCCCGAAAAUAUGUUCGAAGUCCCGCAGCGAACUGCUGGUGCAUCCGCGAACGCGAAGGCUUCUGCUUCGUCCUCCUCUUCGGCGACCGCAGCGGCCGGGGGGCCGGGGGACGCGACGCAAAGGACGCACAAAAAUCCUUUGCAACGAGAGGGAAACAAAGGCGACAGAAGGGACAACAAACGUACUGGCAGCAAAGAUAGGACUAGUACAGCCCUCCCCGCAGAAGAUGCCAGACAGCAAAUAAAUUCUUCGCGCAAGGACGCUUCUGGAACAAAUAGGGAGCAAAAGAGUACAGAGGCGGGCGCAGAAGAAGACAAAAACAAAAAGAAGCGCAGAACGAAUCCCGCAAGAACGGAAGUGAUCUGCCUAGACACAGACUCGUCGGAACCAGAGAUGGAGGUGAUAAAUUUGGAUACCGAUUCCGAGGAGGAAAGACAGAAAUCGCGGGGCAACCAUGCCGGGAAAUUUCCCGGUUGGGGCAGUCGUGUGGUGCCAGACCGAAGCGUGCCGCAGCGGCAAGAAGCAGGUGGAUCUUCCUCCUCCUCUGCAAAAAGCCGCAUAGACGUUGACGGUGGAGAUGAAGAAGGAGAACAGUACGAGCCCCACGUUGCAUCGGAGUUUGACCUGUUACUGGAUCGACUGGCGAAACUGGAAAAAGAGAAGCCCCGGCUCUCGGAAGAGGAGUAUUUCAAGCGGUUGAAGCAGGAAGAGCACGCGCGGAAGGUGAUGGGCAUGCCGGUCGUUUCUCCAGAUGAACAAACUGCUGCGCAAUCUUCCACCGGCGGCGGUGGAGCUUCCUCCGGCGUCGACCCAGCGGCAAUGACCCAAAUGUUGAUGAACAACAUUGCAAUGAUGAACCAGAUGAUGGUCAACCUGGCUGGUGGGAACCCUGCGAGCGCCAGUAGCACGCCGCUGCUUGGUCCUAGUAGCGGCACAAACGUACCGCAAAACCCCUUCCUCAUCGAAGCGGCCGACUUCACCGCAGGUGCCGCGGCGGCCUCGAGCGGUUCAGCUCGGUUUGCUGGGGGUAGCUUCGACUUCGCUGGAGUGGCCGGGCAACAACAUCAAGCUUGUGAACCGCCGCCGUUCCUUCCGCAACACAGCAGAAAAGGCGGCGGGAAGAUGAACAGAGGGAAAGACAAGGAAGGUGGAAAAGCAGCGAAAGGUGCCGGAGUAGUUGGGAAGUUUGCAUUUGCCGCGAACAACAACACGCGCGCGAAUGUUAGCGUUGCGACCAUGAAGCAUGGGGCAGGUAAAAAAGGCGGGCAUGUGCCGUGGACUACUAAGCAAAAUGCGACGAGUGCUGGGAGCAAAGACAAAGGCGGGAAGUCGAGCAAACCAGUAGAUGGAACCAAAGCGCAAACAAAAAGCAGUAGCUUCGGCGAGAGUGUGGGCAAAGGCGGCGAGAGUCAAGGCAAGGGUAAGACGAAAAGUGUCAAAGGCGGGAAGCAAAAUGACACUACGGCAGCAGCAGCCGCGCGAACAACAAGAACAGCACAGGGCGAUGCGAAACGCAUUGAUGAGAUACGACGCGCGUUUCAAGGAAACUCCCGAGAGCACAGUACUGAAAAUGCGCGAGAUCGAUCGCGAAGCCGAGCAGACGACGACAGGAAGAACGACCAGCGCAAGCGGGGAAGAGGGGGUGCACGCCGCAGAGAUGAGGACAGUCGCGACGAGUCAUCGUCUCGGUCACGCGGGAAAAGGAAUCGGGCGAGGUCGCGCCAAGACAGAAGCAGAAGCAGAGACAAUACGAGGGAGCGGCGACCGAAGGUGGAGUACACCACCAGGGAAUCUGGCCGCUCUCAGAGAGCGGACACUUCGAUGCCGCAAGGCCCUCGCCCGGGGGUUAUCACCCGCAGCCCCAAAAUAAAUCCGAAUCGGGUCCCAAAGAUCACAGCGGCACAGAACACGCGAGAGAUGCUUGAUCCCAAGGCGAUACACGAGAAGAACACACGAGUUUUCGCCGAGAAAGAGCCCCAGCGCCAGUUCACGGGUUACCAACUCAGCUACGGCGUGCAGCCACCGCCAGGAGCGUUUGACAACAUGGGGUCAGCUCUUCGCACACCGCAGCAACAACUGUCUGCUUCCAGUAUUUCGAGUGCCAUUGAGGCCCUGGGGCAACCCGGGGGCCUCGAACGACAUGAAGAGGACCGCGCGCUAUCUGGGAAUUUGUUGAGUUCCAGCAAUCUCAUAGACGAUUUCGAAAGCGACGACGAUCAACGAACCCCGUAUUGAGGGAAAAACUAAGCAUCUCAUCUUCAAUUCUUGGAGCGACGGCGACACGCGCGCCCACGUUUUACCAUGAGUACCGGCUUCAACGACCGACGGAUUUAGAGAAUUCGUGUUCGAAUGACAAAAGACCAACGAAAGAUGUGCACAAACGAAGAAUGAUCUAGUGCCCCGGGAUCAUAUUAGAAAUUUAGAUAGGUGCUGUAUCAUUUAAGCUUGCUCAUGCGCUCCUCGGCAGCAGCAGCAACAGCAGCAACGCAAAAGCAAGGAACCCUGUUGGGAACUUUCUUCAUGUGCG